CAACCAAUACACACACCAAUAACCAAUAGUUUCCCCCAACCCAAGCCAUUCCAAAAAAUGGGCACCAUUUGGCCUCGCAACUUGAUCAUGUGCCUUUUGGCUCUACUAGUCGCCAAUGUCGCCGGAGAUGGUCAUCAUCACCUUGAUGGAUACACACCUCCAGCUCCUUAUACACACAAAUCAUGGCCGCCUCCUCCACAUGCUUAUUAUUAUAAGUCUCCCCCGCCGCCAUCGCCACACUGGUCGGUGCCGUCACCACCACCGCAUUCUUCUCACCAUGCCGAUAAGUUUGACUCUCACGACGACACAUACUCGCCUUCUUCUGAUCAUGCAUCUAGCCAGAACCAUGGAAAGCCUUCACCGUCUUCUCGAGCCCACAAGCACCCUCACAAGUCUCCUCCACCGCCGCCUCAUCAUGGCAAGAAGGAUCCUUCUCCGGUCAAAAAACCUCAUCACAAGUCUCCUCCGCCACCGCCUCAUCAUGUCAAGAAGGAUUCUAUGGCGCCGUCGCAUCCUGCCCGCAAAUCUCCUCCACCACCGCAUCAUGGCAAGAAGGAUCCUCCUCGUACCCACAAACCUCAUCGCAAAUCUCCACCGCCACCUCACAAACGCAAAUCACCACCAACGCAUCACUGAAGAAUAUAAUCCACGUCUAUGUCACAGUUUAUGGACUUCUUCAACGGGUUACUCGUCACUGACUAUGGAUGACGAGGAAGAUCCUGAAGAAUAGUAUUUUAGAAUGAAGAAUAAUUAAAUGU